CCCUCACGAAUGUAGAACCCUAGGCGAGGGGGGCGCGGACAGCGGAGGUGUGCCGGAGGCCCGCGGGGGGCGGGGCUUCGGGAAGCGCCGAGUCCGUGACGCGGUCUGCGAGGGGGCGGGGUGUGACCGGCUCUGGGCUGGCGGAGGUACCCGAAGCGAGGUAAAGUGAACCCGCGGUUGCGGUAUAAAAAGGAGCCGUCAGCCGCCGCCGCUAGCUUCUCGGACCGCUGGCCUCUGAUCGACCAUGUCCCUGAGGAGCAGCCUCUCGAGGCUUCUUCAGAAGCAAGCGCAUUCCAUCCUCAAGAAAUCCGUUCAUUCCGUGGCUGUGAUCGGAGCCCCGUUCUUCAAAGGGCAGAAACGAAGAGGAGUAGAACAUGGUCCUGCAGCCGUAAGAGAGGCAGGGUUAUUGAAAAGGCUCUCCAACUUGGGUUGCCGGGUAAAUGACUUAGGAGAUCUGAGUUUCACCCCUGUGGCCAACGAUGAACUCUACAACAACCUGGUUGUGAAUCCUCGGUCCGUGGGCCUUGCCAACCAGGAGCUGUCGGAAGCAGUUAGCCGGGCUGUGUCUUCUGGUCACCGUUGCCUCACUGUGGGAGGAGACCACAGUCUGGCAAUUGGUUCUAUUAGUGGCCAUGCCCGGCACCGCCCAGACUUGUGUGUUAUCUGGGUUGACGCUCAUGCUGACAUCAAUACACCCCUUACCACUUCCUCUGGGAGUCUGCAUGGACAGCCUGUCUCCUUCCUUCUCAGAGAACUGCAGGACAAGGUGCCAUCACUCCCAGGAUUCUCCUGGAUCAAGCCCUGUCUCUCAUCUCCAGAUAUUGUGUAUAUUGGCCUAAGGGAUGUGGAUCCUGCUGAACAUUUUAUUCUAAAAAAUUAUGACAUCUUAUACUUUUCAAUGAGGGACAUUGACCGCCUUGGAAUCCAGAAGGUCAUGGAACAGACAUUUGAUCAACUGAUCAGCAAAAAACAAAGACCAAUUCAUCUAAGCUUUGAUAUUGAUGCUUUUGACCCUUCACUGGCUCCAGCAACAGGGACUCCUGUUGUGGGAGGCCUGACUUACCGGGAAGGCAUGUACAUUACAGAGGAAAUACAUAAUACAGGUUUGCUGUCGGCCUUGGAUCUAGUUGAAGUCAAUCCUCUCUUGGCUACUUCAGAGGAGGAAGUGAAGGCCACAGCUGGACUGGCUGUGGAUGUAAUCGCCUCAAGCUUCGGCCAGAAGAGGGAAGGACGGCACGAUGGCUAUAACCAUCUCCCCACUCCCAGUUCACCAGAUGAAUCGGACAGUGAAGAAUGUGUUCGAAUUUAGGAAGUCAGUAUUUUUUCCACAGGCUUUUUCCACAAUGGGCAUUCCAGAGUUCUACAGAGGCACUUAAAGGAAUAUUAAAGUUGGCAAUGUCGAUACUGCCUUUGUGAGAGAAUUCUCAUUAUUGUUUUUAAAAAAAUGCUUCCUCGUUUUUGGUGACCAAUGUUACUGUAUUCUGUAAUUUCUUUUAUUUAGUUCGUUGUGAGUUAAUAUAUUAGAACACUCUAUAAAUUUAAAGAACUAAUAAACACAGCAUUUGUUACCUUGGUAUAGCA